GCAGCGUGAGUGUCAGAGAGCCUGCCACAACACAAGUGCAUAUCAGAGGAUACAGAGAGCAGAUUACAGUUGCUUCAGCUGGAAGACAUAACAAAGAGCUUCAUCGGGAUUGCAAGUUUGGACAGAAAGUCCACCGUCCUACAAAAAUAUCCCAGAUAAGGAGAAGUGAAACCAGAAAUGAAGAUGAACCUGUUAGUCAUCCUCGCCAUCUUAGCAGCAUUCAGCGUUGAUGUGGCUUUUUCACGAAGAAGGUCUAAAGAGCAAUGGUCACUGAAACCCCGGCACUCUAAUAGGGAAAUGUGUCUGUCUGGGGACGGGAGCAGUUACAGGGGAUUUGUGUCUGAGUCGACACGCGGCCGCAGAUGUCUUAACUGGAACUGGUUUACAAUCCCUUCAGGAGCUUCAAAGGGUCUUGGUGACCACAAUUACUGCAGGAACCCUGACCAGAGCAUAAUGCCAUGGUGCCGUGUCCAAAGAGGACGGAGGAUUGUGAGAGAAUUCUGCAGCAUUCCCAAAUGUUCAACAACUUCAGUGAAACCUCCACCAGCUGUGGAUACAGAACUGACAUGCGGUGAGAGGACCAAGCAGAGGAUGAACAAAAUUGUGGGUGGUUCUUUCACACCCAUAGAUUCACACCCUUGGGUGGCUGCUCUCUUUCAUCAGCGCCACGGUUUCCUCUGUGGUGGCUCUCUAAUCGCACCAUGCUGGGUUCUCACGGCUGCACACUGCUUCCCUGAUGGUGAGACGACAAACAUCCAGCGCUUGUCUAUAUACCUGGGGAAGACUGCCAUCAAUGAAACAGAUGCUGACAGGGAGCAGAGCUUCACUGUUGAAGAACUCAUCAUCCAUCAAAAAUUCAAUGAGUCCAACUUCAACAAUGACAUAGCACUGGUGAAGAUCAAAAGCAGAAAAGGAGGAUGUGCGGUGAGGUCAGCGUCUGCCCGGACAGUGUGUCUCCCUCCAUCUCACACUCAGCUUCCUGCAGGAUUUCAGUGCAGCAUCGCAGGAUUUGGGAGGGAGAGAUACUCGGCAUGGUAUUACUCACAGUACCUAAAACAAGCCGAGGUGAAGCUGCUCUCUCAGACUGAAUGCGCGAGUGAAUCAUAUUAUGGAAAUCUCAUCACGCAGAACAUGUUCUGUGCUGGGAGCCCUGACUGGAGCACUGAUGCCUGCAAGGGUGACUCUGGGGGUCCUUUGGUGUGUGAAAUGUCAGGUCGGAUGUUCCUGUUCGGGGUGGUGAGCUGGGGUGAGGGCUGCGCUGAUAGGAACAAACCAGGGGUUUACACACAAGUCACCAACUACAACAAGUGGAUUGCAGCAAAAACAGGACUCUCCAAAUUCACCAAAGGAUCCAUGUAUCCCACAAAAUGAAAAUGUGGUAGAAAGCUAUCUUAAAGGAUGGUUUGGCAGUAGUUUUGUAGCUUAUGUGCAUUGCUGUGAAUGUGCAUUGUAAAUAGUUUUGCACAUUGAAGAUUUACUCAUUUCUAAGUGAAGUGUAUUUUUUGCUGUAUAUUAUGUUUAAUAAUUUUGUAUUAUUGGAUUGAUUAUUCAUACUAAGAGUAGGGAUUUUUUUUUUAAACAAGCUAUGAAAAAGAUGUUUAUUUAUCUAAUUUAAUUUAAUAAGUAUUUCCUCUUGUAGAGGGCUGGCCCCGCUGUUAAGCAAUUUUUAUAAUAAAUAAAGUAUUUCCAAAUCAUA